AUGAGCACAGGGCAGCGGCUCAACAGCAUGGUUCACAGCUUUGCGCUUCCGAUGUGGGGGCCAGCAGAUUUGUCACAGAUUAUGGCGAACGCGGACAAGGGCCACUGCGGAGGGAAAAAAAACAAUCGGCGUUUGGGCAAGAAGUACGUUUACUCAGAUUAUUCCGUUCGGGCCUUUAAGUUUAUCACGCUGCUCCGCGAGCCCGUGGACAGGGUCGUGUCAGAGUUCUUCUGGUGGAGGUCCAAAAUGAAAAUGAACGAGCGGGCGUGGGACCAGCCUCUCCACACUGCCGCUAGGGAGAGUCUUAUGGCCUGGGUGUCGAGCCCACACAACAACGCACACAAUCGGAUGACGAAGCAGCUCGCGUUCUUCCCCUCCAUGCGAGCGCCAGGCAGAGCUAACAGGCAGUGCACUUCUUACGGUGCAGCUGAGGAGAAGGAGUUCUGGUCAGCGCUGUAUAACCGGUCCGUGGACGAGGCGUUGUGGGCUACGGUCAACCAGGACGACGUGCUGUUGGAGAAUGCGAUCCACUCGCUGUCAGACCGAUUCGCCGCCAUCGCGAUCACCGAGCGCAUGGGCGACAGCUUGACAGUUGUAUGCAAUGCGGUCGUCAGAGAGGGGCGCCCGUGGGACUCGAUGUGCGGCUCCCCCAUCAUCCAGGGCGCCGUGGGGGAAAAAGCUGCGCACCUUCACAAGAACGGCCACAGGAGCGCCACCGAGGAGGAACGUCUCAGAAUUCGGCAGCUGAACAGGCUCGACUUGGAGCUCUACGAUUUCGCGGUGGACCGCCUGGACGAGCAGCUGGCUUUGGGAAGAGGGCGGUAG